ACUUUUAAACGUAAAACAAAUCAACCUAAACCAAUUAAACAUGUACAAAUCUAUUGCUUGCAUUGCCCUCUUCUGCUUGGCUACUGUCAGCGCUGGUCUCAUUGAAACUCAUCAUGUUGUCCAGGAACCUGUCUUAGCUAAGGUUGGCUCUGUUGUUCAUUCUGCUCCAUCGGCGGUAUCGCAUCAAAGUAUUACCCGCUAUCACAAUAAGGCUGUUGUUACUCCAGUUGUCACUCCCGUUGUAAAGACUACCGUUCAUGCUGCCCCUGUUGUGUCUGUGGUCAAGACUGCUCCUGUUGUUCAUGCCGCUCCUGUUGUUCAUGAAUAUGUCAAGUCGGCUCCUGUUGUUCACACCUAUGCUGCUGCUCCUGUAGUACACUCUGUACCUGUGGUCCAUGCUGCACCUGUUUUACACAAAACUGUACUUCCCGCCUCUUAUAGUUUCCAUCAUUAAGUUCCUAGAUGGCAGAAAACCUUUGUGAUAUGAUUUGUUUGUUAUUUAUUAAAAUGGACUGGAAUAAAAAAAUUUACUU